AAAAACAGUUUCUUUUGAUUUUUAUCCUCCAAACCGUACACUAAUAAGAAGUAUAGUUCAUCUCCCGGAAUCUCGUUUCUUGGGACACCUUUUUCGCUGCCAUCGAGAUUUUGUUUUGCGCUCUUUUCUAUUAUUUAUACCAAUUUCUCCUGUUUUAUUUCAGGAUUUCUUUAAUAUAUUAAGCGGACUUUUAUGUCUCUAGCUACCAUAGAUAUGGAAGAAAUAUAAAAAGUUAAAAAGAAGAGAGGGGUCCGAGUCCAAUUAUCACCAUGAAUAGAUGAGGAAGGAUUCUUUUGUUUAACGGAGUCCUCAUAAAAAACCCCAGGGAAUUUCGGGACAUUGCCUUUGGGUUACAUAGGGUGAAAUGUUUUGGAAUCGGUAAGUGUCAAUGAUGGGGAGCUUGAGUGAAGAAGAUGAUCAAUUUUUUGACACCCGUGAGGACAUGUCCACUAUGUCUGAUUCGGGCUCCAAUAGUCCAGAACAUAUGGAUUCUGACCUUGGAGUCGAUAACAUCUUGCCCAUUGGUUUUGGAUAUGAAAUUUGGAUUAAGAAUCCAAGUAGCAUUCAAGAACGGCGUGAUAAAUUACUAAAAUGGAUGGGUAUAUGUGCAGAUCAAACGGGUAGGGAAAAUUCUGGAAAUGGUAUUACUUCUUGUAACGUAGUUGAAGUGGAGAUUGAUAGACACGCUAAAAAAAGUGACGCAGUACUUGGAUCAUCCAGUUUUGAUGAUGGGUUGUCAUGGAGUCUGUCUUCAAUGUCAUGCUGGUCAGGUGAUGACAGGGAAUUGUUCGGUGGGGCAACAGAAGAGAAUUUCGUAUGUCAAAUUAGGAAUUUGGAUGACGGGAGUGAAUUCAUUGUGGAUGAAAUUGGGCAGGAUGGUAUGCUUGGGAGUCUUCGUGAAGCAGGUUCAAAUCGAUUAAUUACUGUGGAGGAGUUUGAAAGGAAUCUUGGUUUAUCCCCCUUAGUUCAGCAAGUAAUGCAGAAGGAUGUUGAAGAUGUGGAGAACCUGGGAGCAGCAAGAAAGCAGGUAAUGAAGGGGUGGUGGAGGCGACUAGGUUCUGUAGCCUGCAUUGUGGAUGGAAGUAUGAUAGCAAAUGAUUCCCAUUCAAUUUCCAGGGCAAGGACUCAAAAAGUUAGGGUUCGAUCUCACAGGAAGCGAUCAAAGGAAUUAUCAGCUCUUUACAUUGGACAAGAUAUACAGGCCCAUCAGGGUUCAAUCUUAACAAUGAAAUUUAGUUCCAACGGUCAAUUCCUAGCAAGUGGUGGUGAAGAUGGCAUAGUUCGUGUGUGGCAAGUGGUGGAGUCAGAGAGAUCAGGGAAUUUUGACGCUGCUGAUUGCGAUGCUUCAUGUGUGUACUUCACCAUGAAUAACCUUUCUGAAUUUGUUCCUGUUUGCACGGAUAAAGAGAGUGAGGGUAAAUUGAAGGGUGUAAGGAAAACAUCAAACUCGGCUUGUGCCAUUUUUCCUCAGAAAGUUUUUCAAAUAUUGGAGAGACCGAUCCAUGAGUUCCUUGGACAUUGUGGUGAGGUCCUAGAUCUCUCAUGGUCAAGGAAUAAGUAUCUCUUAUCAUCCUCUGUUGAUAAAACUGUUCGCUUGUGGCAAGUGGGAUGUGACCAGUGUCUCGAAGUAUUUUUCCACAAUAAUUAUGUCUCAUGUGUUCAGUUUAAUCCUGUGGAUGAUAAUUACUUCAUUAGCGGUUCCAUAGAUGGGAAAGUACGUCUAUGGGCAAUUCCUGGUUGCCAGGUUGUUGAUUGGACUGACAUCACUGAAAUAGUCACAGCUAUUUGUUUUCGUCCUGAUGGGAUGGGUGUAGUUGUUGGCUCCAUGAGUGACACCUGUCGAUUUUAUGAUGCGUCAGAUGAUUGCCUACAACUUUAUGCUCAGGUAUGCUUACAAAGUAAGAAAAAGUCUCCACUAAAGAGGAUAACUAGCAUGCAGUUUUCUCCUGGCGACUCAACUAAAAUGAUGGUCACUUCCGCUGAUUCACAAGUCCGAAUUCUUCAUAGAAUAGAUACGAUCUGCCAGUUCAGAGGCCUGCAGAACACUGGGAGUCAGAUAUCAGCAUCAUUCACCUCAGAUGGGAAGCAUGCUAUCUCAGCAAGUGAUGACUCUAAUGUCUAUAUGUGGAAUUAUGAUAGUCAUGAUAGGCCUGUGCCCCAAACUAAGAAAAAUUGGUCAUGUGAGCAUUUUUUCUCAAAUAAUGUGUCUGUUGCCAUUCCCUGGUGUGGUAUUACAUGUGGGAACAAUAUUUUCUCAAGCCUAUCAGGAGCAUCUGCCUUUUUUGGAGUUCCAGAUAACCUUUGGGAAUGCAGUGAGAAAAGGCCACCGCAAUCUGAGUUGGGUGAGAGCUCUCAAUGCAAAUUACCAUUAUCUUCUCAUGAACAUUUUCCAUUGAACCACAGAAAACAAUUUUCAAAGUCUUUGCCCAAGGGCUCUGCAACCUGGCCUGAGGAAAAGCUUGUCUUACCAAGCUCAAUGAUUGUAUCGUCUGCAAUGGGUAAAUCCCAGUACAAGUUUCUUAAGACAUCUUUACAAAGCACACAUGGUUUCCCCCAUGCAUGGGGCCUGGUUAUUACAACUGCUGGUUGGGAUGGAAGGAUCAGAUCAUUCCAGAACUAUGGAUUACCAAUUUUCCUUUAGACCUGUUCAGGCUGACGCAUUUAUUGGUGAAAUGUGGGAUCAGCUCAUACCACAUGCAGUCUUGUCAAUCCAGAAAUGAUGCCAAAAGGUCUUAACUUCAACUACUUUUUUCACUCUUUAAACUGGUUUUGAGCUUCAAUCCCCAGCCAGAGCAAGUCCUGGAUGGAAAAGGUAUAAUAUAUAUUUAUGAGCUUUAUGUAUACCAUGUUAUAGGCUAUCUUGGUUCUUUGGCAAGAGGUUAAUGGACACUUAUUGCAGUGUUACAACCGAGCCAAAUGUUUAUUUGUAGUGUAAUUAGGCUCAUGUUAACAAAUUGCUACUUUGACCCCAGUGGAAAUAACAUUGGUGGUGUAAAUGUGGUUAUACCAUUCUUUGAUUUGCUUAUGUAGAAACAGUCCCGUCUGCCAAUCUCAACAGAAGGAAAGGAUCAUGUCCCGGCUAAAUUUAGAUGGUCAUUGAUUUAAAAAUGGAGAUGGUUUGUAGGGGCUUUUGCAUAUGAUUUAUUAGAAAAUGAAAAUAUAUGACGAAAAAUAAAAGCAGGAACAGGGAUGUUUUCCUCAUUAUAUG